GCGCACUACUUUUCUGUGAUUUGUAAUUUCACAGACUUGACUGGCUGCACUUUAUCGGGGUGAGCGCAGAGCUUACAUUUUAGGCCCCCCUGAGACGGUCUUUGCUGCUUCAGCCGUUGAGAUUCCUGCGAGGAAGAGGACCGCUCACCCGAGGGCCUCGGAGCCCUUUACGCGACACUCAGUUAACCAAAAGUAAUAGCUUUUGAGCUGUUCUAAGCAUAAAUUUACAAUCGGAAAAAAUACGUUUACUUUAAAAACAACGCCCCCAAAACCUCGCGGCCUGUCACGCAGUCACGGGGGGAGCUGGUUUGGUUUGGUGCCGGUGAGUUUGCGGGGUCUCUUUUGAGCUCAUCUGUACUCAGAACUGCCACCCUAGAUCUGGGGGCGCCGUCCCUGCGGGCCUGUUGGCGUUUCACAGACUCGUCCAGCCCUCGGCCGUGGAGAGGUCGUGUCUGCGGCGCACACCCUGCCGCCGUGCGGAUCUGAGCGGGAGCGGGGGCCCCUCGGCUGCGGCCCCCUGCCUGGCCUCCGUGCGACUUCGUGUCCCGUUUCUGUAGUUAAGUAUUAAGAGCCUGGCUGUACUUUUUACUGCACGGUUGUUGCUUUGGGCCUGGAAAAUAACCCUGUCAUGAUUUUGUAUAGCAACUUAGUCGAAGUGUUAGUUAAACAGCAGGCAGCCGUCGGCGUAGGAGAGAUCCAUCGUGUCAGAACCUUCAUUUUCAAUUCCAGAAAUGCUAAUGACGUGACAUAAAGAGAAAGAGAUGUGGUCAUCCAUUUUUACCUUUAAAAAUGAAGCUAUUUUAUGUAAAUAACAUUACAGGAAAUCCUGGGAUUUUAACGAAGGUAGUUAUAUCCAAACUCAGUAUAAAUUUAAAAGAUUUUUAUAAUUAUGAGGAAAACCUAAGCAGGUAACCUGAAAUUACGGUGUCAGCCUCGUGCCCGAGGCUCUCACAAGAGGGGUCUGAUUUAAGGAGGUUUCGGCUGUUCCUGUGCCCUUCCGUGGACGUUGGUACCACAGAAAUCAACCAGGGUAGAGGCUGCCUGCUCUGCAGAAGUCUUUUCAUUAAUUACUCGUUUCACUUCAAAUACGUGUCUUUGGCCUCAGAUCCAGUUAGGUCAGUGGAUCGCAGCUCUGGCUGUGAAGGGGGCCCCGGGGCAGCGUCCCUGCCCGUUUGGUCCUCGGGCCCACAGCGGGCCCCCUGCCCACCUCAAGGACGGUCCCUUGUCAGAAAUGGAGGUUUGGGUCCAGAGAAGCUGCCAUUUGGGGCACCCGAUGUGGGCAGACUCGUGAGGAUUCGUACUUCCAGACUCGUUCCCAGCAGCCCCACAUGUGGCCGGGGUUGGCCGCGGGCCGUUCUCCCUCCUCUGUCUUUGCUGUCUGGACGUCCCUCCCCUGUCCUGCUCCUCGACAGGCCUGUACGUUGUCCCACCUCGAAGACACCGUGUCACUGCAGGGUCUCCGUCAGUUUGUCUCCCACCUGCCCGUUUUUUCCCCAUAGAGGUGCUCCCAUCCUGUCUCAUUUAGAACACUGAGGCGCACGUUGCUACCAGCCUGCAUUCCCAUGGCAACAAGAGAUGGGCAGCAGGAAAUCUGGAAAAGUUUUAGUCUCAGCUCAAAUGCGAGGAAUCGGGAUGCUUUGGAAGAGUUUGGAGCCUGAGAGCUCUUGCAGUCAGAUUAAAAGCAGCUCUGGCUGGGGCGGGAGCGGGGGCAGCAGGGCGGGUUGGAUCGGCUGGUCCCGACUUUGGGCCAGACCGGGAACCGGCAGCGCUAUCGCAGUCCAUGUGCGUUUAAUUUUUUUUUUUUUUUUCUGACUGUAACAUCGAGUCAGAAUCCAUGCACACGCACACGAGAUUCUUACGUGUGGCCGGGUUAGAGAACUCUGCAGCCUCCCUGGUACAAACUGAUACAGUGAUGCGUAUUAGUAACCACAAAGAAACAGUUCUCUGUCUUCACUGAUGGGCAGGUGACUGCUGAGCGCAACAGUAUCAGAAUCCCGAUGUGAGCAAUUAAAAACCUUUGUUAAGAAAUAAUCAAAGUCGUCGACACAGUGAAAGACUCACACACCAGGACCAAGUGGGCAAACGCCCUGCCUCAGAGCUGGGUCCGUGCUGGGAAGCGUGACUGUCCACCGCGCCGGGCCCCGCGCACCUCCGUUUGACGAGGCCUUGUGCUCGCUUCGGAAAUCCGGAGGUGACGUGCACGGGUCACGCAGUCUCUCUGCAAACACGGUCUAGCUUACUCGUGGCGCCCUAACACUUGGCUUCCGUGUGUCCGUGUGUGGCAGCUGAAGAGGGGGUCUGCAGGGUGUGUGUCAAAGGCGCUGCCACACGUCAGUUCGGGGGGAUUAUUUGCAGGUGAUUUGAGAAUACUUUUUGCUAUGGUAUUUGGGUAAAAGAUUCAUUUGGUUCUUUACUGCAGAUCUCACACUAAAAAAUUACAAAUGGACACAAAUUAGAUACAAAUAUAUGUGUAUGUAUUUAAAGGUUUAAAGAAAAAAAUAACAGAUUUCUGGAAAGGGGAUUUUAAAUCUUAAAAAAAACGGAGGCCAUCGCGAAGGAGAAGGCCGGUGCACGUAACCAAAGCUGAAAACUUAAAUCCAUCCGAGGAAAUCAUCGAAGCAGACCUUCCGGCCCCCAAAUGGGAACCUUCGAUCCGAGGUCAUGAAACGAGUACGCACGGAGCAGAUCCAGAUGGCGGUGUCCUGCUACCUCAAACGCCGCCAGUACGUGGACUCCGACGGUCCUCUGAAGCCAGGCCUGCGGCUGUCACAGACUCCUGAGGAGAUGGCGGCCAGUCUCGCGGUCCAGUCCGAGUCCGGGUGUGCCAACACGGUGUCCGCGGCGCCCUGCCAGGCCGAGCCCCAGCAGUACGAAGCGCAGUUCGCGCGGCUGCGGAACUUCCUCACCGAGUCCGACUCCCGGCUCAGCCACGACGUGAUGCCGCUGCUCUACCCCCUCUUCGUCUACCUCCACCUCAGCCUGGUCCAGGGCAGCCCGAAGGGCACGGCCGACAGCUUCUACAGCCGCUUCCACGGCAUGUUUCUGCAGAACGCCGGCCAGAAGGACGUCGUGGAGCAGCUGCGCAGCACGCAAACCGUCCAGGACGUGCUGGGCAACCUGCAGCUCCGCGCCUUCCUGGACCACAAGUACGUGGUCCGCCUGCACGAGGACAGCUACCACUACCUGGCGCGCUUCCUGCAGAGCGACAACAACGCCGCGCUCUGCAAGGUGCUCGCCCUGCACAUCCACCUGGACGUGCAGCCCGCCAAGCGCACCGGCUACCAGCUGUACGCGGGCGGCAGCGCCCCGCGCGGGGAGGGCGGCCUGGAGCCCACGGACGUGCCGGCGCCGCUCCUGCACAGCGAGGCCGCCCUGGAGGCCCUGCAGGACAGCAUCCGGCGCGUGCGGGACGGCCCGCCCUCGCUCACCACCAUCUGCUUCUACGCCUUCUACAACACGGAGCAGCAGCUCAACACCGCCGAGGUCUCCGCGGACAGCAAGCUGCUGGCCGCCGGCUUCGACAACUCGUGCAUCAAGCUGUGGAGCCUGCGGGCCAAGAAGCUGGCGCCGGCGGCCCGCGCGGUGGACGUGUCCCGCAUCCGCCUGGCCUGUGACGUCCUGGAGGACCAGGAGGAGGUCGACGCGGCGGGCACGGAGAUGAAGGUGCUGCGCGGACACUGCGGGCCCGUGUACAGCACGCGGUUCCUCGCGGACAGCUCGGGCCUGCUCUCCUGCUCCGAGGACAUGUCCAUCAGGUACUGGGACCUCGGCAGCCUCACCAACACUGUGCUGUACCAAGGCCACGCCUACCCGGUGUGGGACCUGGACGUCAGCCCGUACAGCCUGUACUUCGCCAGCGGCUCGCACGACCGCACGGCCAGGCUGUGGUCCUUCGACCGGACGUACCCGCUGCGGAUCUACGCGGGGCACCUGGCGGACGUGGACUGCGUCCGGUUCCACCCCAACUCCAACUACCUGGCCACGGGCUCCAGCGACAAGACGGUCCGGCUGUGGAGCGCGCAGCAGGGCAGCUCCGUGCGGCUGUUCACCGGCCACCGCGGGCCCGUGCUGGCGCUCGCCUUCUCGCCCAGCGGCAAGUACCUGGCGUCGGCCGGCGAGGACCAGCGCCUGAAGCUGUGGGACCUGGCCUCAGGGACCCUCUACAAGGAGCUGCGGGGCCACACGGACAACAUCACCAGCCUCACGUUCAGCCCGGACAGCAGCCUGGUGGCGUCCGCCUCCAUGGACAACUCGGUGCGCGUGUGGGACAUCAGGAGCACGGGCUGCAGCGCGCCCGCCGACGGCUCCUCGGGGGAGCUCGUGGGCGUGUACACCGGCCAGAUGAGCAACGUCCUGAGCGUGCAGUUCAUGGCCUGCAACCUGCUGCUGGUGACCGGGAUCACGCAGGACAGCCAGGAGCACUGACCCCAGCCCCGCACGCACGCCCUGAGCACGCCACCCCCCCACUCGGCCCCCAGAUGUCGACGGACUGGGGGGAGGACGGGGUGACAGGUGAACACGACACCAACAGCGAGAUGCUCUGGGGUGGGGCGGCGCGUUCUCGCUGAGACCCCGCUGUGACCCCGUGCGAGCGCCUCCAGUCCGUGCCGACGUCCCGCUGUGAGACUGCGCGUGCUGCGGGGUCACGGGGUCACGGGGUCACGGGCACGGUCCCCAGCCGAAGGGGCCUGGGAGAGGGCGCGGGCCUCGCCCUGGCCAAAGCCUCUCCUUUCCCAAUUACAGAGAAGAGGGUUUUUAUUAUUGUAAUUGUAAUUAUAGCAAACGUCGUUACUGAGAACAGCAAAGCCAGCCGUGGCGGCGUCCCUGACCCCGGCCGUCGGCUGCGCGCCUGGCACUGGCUGAGACACUGGGAAUCUGGAGGGUCAGGGAGCUCAGAGAAUUUGGAAGCAGUGCCCUGGGAGAAAGGGAGGGUUUCUGGGUGCCGGAGGGGUCACUGCCGCCGCCACGUUUGUAGAAGGGGGUGGGCUUGGCGGAGGCGGCCUCGGGCUCUGGCCGUGAUGGCGGCGAAGAGGGUUCUGUCCGCGGCUGCGCUUGUCAGCAGCUGUCUCCCCCGAAAGGACAGGGUGUGCUAAAGAAAUGGAAAUAAUUCGAAGCGAUAAGUCAAAAGUUAAAAAACGUCGCAUUUCCAAACAAGCAUUUUUCAGAGACGUGGCUUUCGCAGUGUCUUUCUCCGCGAGGUCGUCCAGCCCACAUCCCAGCUCCCAGCUCAGGACAGCAGCGACACCGCCGCCCUGGGAAACAGUGAGCCCCGUGCACGCCUCCGAACCUGCUCGCAGGAGGAAGCAGUUCUGAUUUGUGGAGAAAGGAUUAAAUAUUUUUGUUUUCUGAAAAGAGUUAUUUUGUAUUGUUUUUCUAUUAAAAUGUAUUUAGUUUCCACAAAAAAAGGGGGGGGCAUCUCAUUUAAAAUGUGAGGGCAGGUGGGUGUGGUCUGCCCGGCGGUGACCGCAGCUCCCUGUCUCAGGGCGACCGCCAGCUCUGGGGCCCGCAGGAGCCCGGGGGUGAGCCCCGCUCCGCCCACGUGUGCUGUCCGGCUCGCUGUGGUCACAGCGCCUCGUGGCCCGCGCGUGGCCGCCGACAGCCUUCAGCACUAUGGGGCGCCCAGGAUUGCCGGCCGCAGGCCCGAGACAGCGUGUUUUUUGCAUCUAGAGUUAGCUGGUAAGACCCCGCUUCAGUUUCCCUCAAAGACCCCAUUCUGAAAUCCCAAAAGGGCCUGAGAACUGUGCUAUUUACUUGACUCAAACUAUUUACUGAACAAUUCCAGACAAAGGACUCAUUCAAAGAUUUAAAUGAUGCCGGAAUUUUUAAAAUGUACUUCAAUACGUAAUUUUCUGGCAAGGACACCAGAAGUAUCGGGAAAUGAAAUAGGAAGACUCUAGAAUUCCACGGCAAUCUUUACUGGAGCCUAAGGUGCUAAAUCGUAGGAACUGUUUCUUAGUCAUAAAAAUCUAUAUUUGGGACAUGUGAGAAGAAUCCUUGGGCAGCUCAGCCAGACGGCACCCCCUCCACACAGGCUGCAGGUAAAGCCUAGAACCCUGACGUGUCUCGCCUGUGACAAAUGAAUUCUUACGUCAGGCUGUAUGGCCCAGUGCCAGAAAUAAUGAAAUCCGUAAAUCGAAUCAUUCUAGGAAGCGAAAACGUCGCCGACGUGGGCCGAUCUGCAGGCUUCGUGCUUGUUCCUAAUGCAGAAUUCGUUGGUUAAGCGCAGAGUGGCCUGGGCCGGCCCGGCCCCCACGCUGCCCAUCAGGUGUGUGCGCUUCGUGGUCGCUGAUCCAGCUCUUCGGGACCUGCACGGUCAGCUCUUCCUUCUUUUGUGAACUACAUUUUAACGCGGGGUGCUGGGACUGUAUGGAGUGCCCCUCCCAGCUCCCCCAAAUCUUAGCCACAGCGUGUGUCUGUGUCCUCGAGGCGCCCAGGUGGCCCCCUGCCGCACUUCAUCUCCAGAGCAGUCCUGUGACGUGGACGGGGCUGGUGAUGCCACCGUCUAAACCCCGGAAAAGCUGUACGAUCUGUCCACGCCCAACACGGAGUAAAGAAACUUCAUUCAGGACGUGCUGUCCUCUUGACCCACGGGGAUAAAUCUCUGCCGUGUGUAUGGGGGGUGGGGCGGGAAAUUCCUUAGACUGACCGAUCUGACUGUAAUUUUAAUUUAGCAGUAGACUGGCCAAAAGGAAAAAAAAAUUAGGAUACGGGAAAAUAACGAAUGGAGACAAAGCAGGAAACCAUUUAACGUUUUUAUAUUCAAGAUCCAGCUUCUGAGGAUAUGAUUACUAGCUUUUCAUUUGUUUGAUUUGUGUAUUAAAAAUGUUUUGGUUGUAUAAAAAAGUUGAGUGUGUAGGCUUCUAAUUUUGCUAUUGCCCAGAUUGGUAUUUAAGUGGAUUAAAAACAGUCUGUACUUGAA